CCCUUCAUGGAGCAGGUACAUCGAGGCAUCAAGGGGGUGGUGACGGAUGAGCAGGGCAUUCCCAUCGCCAACGCCACCAUUUCUGUGAGUGGCAUCAACCACGGUGUGAAGACAGCGAGUGGUGGUGACUACUGGCGUAUCCUGAACCCGGGCGAGUACCGUGUGACAGCCCACGCAGAGGGCUACACGCCAAGUGCAAAGACCUGCAACGUGGACUAUGACAUUGGGGCCACCCAGUGCAACUUCAUCCUAGCACGGUCCAACUGGAAGCGCAUCCGGGAGAUCCUGGCCAUGAACGGGAAUAGGCCCAUCCUUCGCAUCGACCCAUCACGCCCUAUGAGCCCCCAGCAGCGGCGUCUGCAGCAACGGAGCCUGAAGCACCGG